CUCUUCGGCCUGAAGCAAGGUAUCUUCCUAACAAUAAACUGAGUGUGAAGAGAAGGGGAAGAAGAACGCCAACGUCACGAGUGUCAUCGCCUCCAAAGCGAGGCUAUCUACAUCGAGAAUCUCCCAGUCAACCAUUACACCUGAAUCACACCUUCUCGUCGAGAUCGAAAGACAAAGCACUUAGACGGAACGUCAACAUGCAGCCACCAAAAACCACCGUCCGUCCCAUCCAGCGGUUUGCCUCGGCCGUGUCCAAGUGCUCCGUCGAGUCCGCCGCCUACGGCAAAUGCAUCCUAGCAGACUACAACUCCGUCCACAAGGACAUGUGCGUCAAGGAGUUUAUGCGCUUGAAGGAUUGUUACUUGUUGGCCGCCAAGAAAGCAUAGCUUACCUAGUCUGCCUCUAGGUAAACCACAAGACAUCAAGUACCAGGAAUCUUUUUUGAACAUUUCAUCAACCAUCAUCAUCCAUCAUUGCUAGUCUAUCCCACACAUGUUUUGACUCGCUUGAACUUUUCCCACAUCACAUCGACAGCCUUUUCUACUAGUGUAGACUUUAAACUUAAAGCCUCAACAACCUCAACAAGAAGGUAGCCUUGCCAA